GUCUUCGUCCGAAAUUUGCAAAAGAAACACCGGACAUUUAUGUUGAGUUGGCAGGCCAAUGCAUGAAUGCGGAUGCAUCUAAACGUCCUUCAGCAAAUGAUCUUAUACAAAUUUUAUGCUCUGAAUCUUCAAAAAACGUUGAUAUAAUCACCUCACGUAGAAUAUAUAAAUUAAUACAUUCAAAUCAUCCAAAACCUAUAAACUCAACAGAUAUUCCAGAAUUCGACUUAGAUAAAUAUAAAUCUAGAAUUUCACAGAAACGUU